AUGGCCAUUUUUCAUGACAUGGUGGAAGAAUUUGUAGGAGUGUUCAUGGAUGAUUUCUCAGUCUUUCAAAAGUUUUUUGAGAGAAGGGAUUGUUAUGGGACAGAUUUAGAGGUUGAUAAGGCCAAGGUGGAAGUCAUUGAGAAAUUUCCCCCUCCUGUUUCAAUAAAAGGCGUGCGUACUUUUCUUGUCCAUGCAGGUUUUUACUGGAAAUUCAUCAAGGAUUUUUCCAAGAUUGCACGACCUAUGUGCAGUAUUUUAGAGAAGGAGGAAUUACUAUUUGAACUUAUGUGUGAUACGUUUGAUGUAGCAGCGGGUGCAGUGUUGAGACAGAAAAAGAGUAAAGUGUUCCGCUCUAUUUAUUAUGCAAGCAAGACCCUUGACACUAACAAGGUAAUUACACACUAUCAGCAUUUACUCAAUAAGAAGGAUGCUAAACUAAGGUUGAUUCAUUGGAUAUUGUUUCUCCAGAAGUUUGACCUUGAGAUCAAAGAUAGAAAAGCUUUUUUCAAGCAAGGUGUCAAUCGGGUAGUGAAAAGGUCCAUUCUGGAGUGUGAGGUUAACAAAGUGCUAGAGACUUGUGAUGCCAACCCAUAUGGAGGACACCAUAGAGAAGAGUGCACUGCUUAUAAGAUGCCAAAGGUUGGGCACUAUCUUAAAAAGACACGAGAUGCCAUUAAACAACAUUUUGGAGGUGGAAAUCUUUUACGUAUGGAUAUUGAAUUCAUGGGUCCCUUCCCACCAACUAAGGGAAGUCUAUACAUUAUUGUGGUUGUGGAUUAUGUGAGUAAAUGGGUUGAGGAUGUCCCUCUUCCUUCCAGUGAUUCAAGGGUGUAUGGUAUUCAUCAAGAGGUUGCUACAACUUACAAUUCUCAAAUGAGUGGCAAAGUGGAAGUAUCGAAUAGAGAGGUGAAGAAAAUAUUGCAGAAGACGGUGAAUGCACAGAGGAAAGAUUCGUUUGAGAAAUAG